AUGGGCUACCCCGAGGUGGAGCGCAGGGAACCCCUGCCCGCGGCAGCGCCGCGGGAACGCGGGAGCCAGGGCUGCGGCUGUCGCGGGGCCCCAGCCCGGGCGGGCGAAGGGAACAGCUGCCGGCUCUUUCUGGGUUUCUUUGGCCUCUCCCUGGCCCUCCACCUGCUGACGUUGUGCUGCUACCUAGAAUUGCGCUCCGAGUUGCGGCGGGAACGGGGAGCUGAGUCCCGCUUCAGCGGCCCCGGUACCCCUGGCACCUCGGGCACCCUGAGCAGCCCCGGUGGCCUCGACCCCAACGGUCCCAUCACCCGCCACUUCGGGCAGCGGUCCCCGCAGCAGCAGCCGCUGGAACCGGGAGAAACUACGCUCCCCCCAGACUCCCAGGAUGGGCACCAGAUGGCCCUUGUGAAUUUCUUCAUCCCUAAAGAAAAGUCAUACUCUGAAGAGGAAAGUAGGCGUGUUCGCCGCAAUAAAAGAAGCAAAAGCAGUGAAGGAGCAGAUGGUCCUGUUAAAAACAAGAAAAAGGGAAAGAAGGCAGGACCUCCUGGACCCAACGGCCCCCCAGGACCUCCAGGACCUCCAGGACCCCAAGGACCCCCAGGGAUUCCAGGGAUUCCUGGGAUUCCAGGAACAACUGUUAUGGGACCACCCGGCCCUCCAGGUCCUCCUGGUCCUCAAGGACCCCCUGGCCUCCAAGGACCUUCUGGUGCUGCUGAUAAAGCUGGAACUCGAGAAAACCAGCCAGCCGUGGUGCAUCUACAGGGCCAAGGGUCAGCAAUUCAAGUCAAGAAUGGUGGAGUACUCAAUGACUGGUCUCGCAUCACCAUGAACCCCAAGGUGUUUAAACUACACCCCCGCAGCGGGGAGUUGGAGGUACUGGUGGACGGCACCUACUUCAUCUAUAGUCAGGUAGAAGUAUACUACAUCAACUUCACUGACUUUGCCAGCUAUGAGGUGGUGGUGGACGAGAAGCCCUUCCUGCAGUGCACCCGCAGUAUUGAGACCGGCAAAACCAACUACAACACUUGUUAUACAGCAGGUGUCUGCCUCCUCAAAGCCCGGCAGAAGAUCGCCGUGAAGAUGGUGCACGCUGACAUAUCUAUCAACAUGAGCAAGCACACCACCUUCUUCGGGGCCAUCAGGCUGGGCGAGGCCCCUGCAUCCUAGAUUCCUCCAACCUCGUUUUGCCCCUGCCCAUGCCCAUACCCCAGGUUAGGGAGCUAGGACUCCCAGAACCUCUAAGUGCUGCUGUGGAAUGAGGUAUGU